AUGUCUAAAAGUUCUUUCACCGAUCCGGUUUUGGAUUAUGGGAUAUAUAUAUUCCUGAUCGGGGACACCACUGUGAACUGUUCAUCUUCAGAUGCUGCAGGAAACACUGAAACUUGCCUUCUAGUUGUCACAGUAUCAGAUGAUGAAGCACCUAUUCUGAACUGCCCAAAUAUAACUUCUACUACGGAUGAGGGAUUCAAUUCGUCAUCUACUGUUCUGCUGAAUUCAACUGCAACUGAUAAUGUGGAUUUUGAUCUAGAUGUGAAUUGCUCUCAUUCAUCUGAAGAUAUAUUCCUGAUCGGGGACACCACUGUGAACUGUUCAUCUUCAGAUGCUGCAGGAAACACUGAAACUUGCCUUCUAGUUGUCACAGUAUCAGAUGAUGAAGCCCCUAUUCUGAACUGCCCAAAUAUAUCUUCAACUACCGAUGAGGGACUCAAUUCUUCAUCUACUGUUCUGCUGAAUUCAACUGCAACUGAUAAUGUGGAUUUUGAUCUAGAUGUGAAUUGCUCUCAUUCAUCUGAAGAUAUAUUCCUGAUCGGGGACACCACUGUGAACUGUUCAUCUUCAGAUGCUGCAGGAAACACUGAAACUUGCCUUCUAGUUGUCACAGUAUCAGAUGAUGAAACCCCUAUUCUGAACUGCCCAAAUAUAUCCUCUACUACGGAUGAGGGACUCAAUUCGUCAUCUACUGUUCUGCUGAGUUCAACUGCAACUGAUAAUGUGGAUUUUGAUCUAGAUGUGAUUUGCUCUCAUUCAUCUGAAGAUACAUUCCUGAUCGGAGACAACACUGUGAACUGUUCAUCUUCAGAUGCUGCAGGAAACACUGAAACUUGCCUUCUCGUUGUCACAGUAACAGGUGUGAAUUUGUUAUUCUUCAUGUCUAAACGUUCUUUCAACGAGCGGGUUUAA